AUGAUCUGGGUUCCCACUAACUGUACAUGUCCAUCUAAUUUGAAAUGUAUUAGACCUGAAAUGUAUUCUAAGCCAACGUUCUGUCUUCCUGAAAAUAUUCCGGUGGACAAAUUCGAAAAUUAUGUCAAAAACCCCUUGGAAUUUUUGACAUAUAAUUGCUCAAACACACAUGUGGGAAUUCUUAAUGCAAUUCUUUGCAUUAUUUUGGUUUCAUUGCUUAUUCAAGCGGCAUCAUUCGCUUUGAUGGUUUUUAAUAAAUGGGGACGUCGACACGUGACAACUCGUCGACCAAUUACUCGUCCUCAAAUUGAGUUAUGUGAGCUCAGAGCGCCUACACAACCAUCACCAAUGGUUAUUGACUCGCGCCGCGAGAAGAAAAAGGCUCCCAUCUUUUCUCCUCGACAUGAGGAAACAUUAAAGAAAAUGGAAGUGUUAGUCUCCAAGGAGGCUCAUCAUUCUUCCUUGUAGAUGAGAAGAAGAAGAAGAAAAUAAAAAAGAAAAUAUAUAGAUGAAUUAAAAAAUAAAAUGAAUUAAAAAAUAAAAAUUAAAUAAAUUUAAAUAAUUGUUUCACAUUUAAAGUAAGUAAAUAUUAUGAUAUUUUGUAGUCUCUAUUUUCUUGUAAAAAUUAGAUAGGAAGUAAAAUGAGUUAUGUAGGUUAGAUUAGGGAUGAAGUAUUUAUUAGAGAGACAACAGUAGUUAGAUAGGUUAGAGAGUUUAGAGAGAGAAGAGAGAGGGGAGAGAGAGGGGAGAGAGAGUAGAGAGAGAGUGAAGAGAGAAGAGAGAGUGGAGAGAGAGAGGUGAGAGAGAGAGAGGGGAGAGAGAAGGGGUGUCCAAAUGUCCAAAUUUUUAUU